AAAUCCAGGCUACUUAUAACAAUGGGCGUUGCGAAAUUAUUAUAAAUUCCCCGGAGGCGAGGGGAAGUAUUGCAGUUUUUUAGUUAUUAUUGUUAUUCAUUACGAGUCACAUACCGGGAGCGAGAAGGAGGGAGAAAAAAAAAGAAAAAAGAGCAGCCCAGCCCAGCUCAGACGGGUUGCACAAAGAUUUGUUCUUUCUCCAUCACUUUUCGCUCCUUUUCUCUGUACUUUGCCGGGGCCGAGAAAAUGCAGAAGGAGGAGAACAAUAACAAUACCAGUGGUGGUGGUGGAGGAGGAGGAGGAGGAUUUGCUGGAGGAUUUAAUGGAGGAGGAGGAGGAUUUAAGGAGGAGCAUCUGGUGGGCUUGGCGGGGCUGAAGAGGGAGAAGGGCUUCAUUGAAAUGACCUGCGGCUGCACCAGUGCCAAAUACGGGGAUGCAGUGGCCCGACUGAGAAUUACAGACGAGGGCGUUUUCGAGAUCGUGGAUUGUGAGUGCUCCCCUGGUGGAAACUGCGAUGAGGGCACCAUGAAACCGCCCGCUUUCGAGAAACACGCCGGAAACCGCUCAAAGAAAUGGAAAAAUAACAUCUGGGUUGUCCGCCACAACAAGAAAUUGCCUCUCUGUAAAACAGAGCUUCUGGGGUACUAUAACAGCAAAGGCCGCGGCGGGGGUUCGAAACCCAAGGUCGCCCACAGGGAUGAAUUCGUGCGUUGCGCUGCCUGCGGGAAGGAGCGGCGAUUUAAGCGGCGGGACAGGGAGGAAUGUCGGCGUCACCAUUCCGCCGCCAAUGAUCCCAAUUGGGUUUGUUCUGAUUUUCCGUAUGAGAGAAUUGGGUGUGAAAUGGAGGAAGAAAGGGCCGCCAGUCGAAAGGCCUACAGGGGCUGUGGGAAAAAGCCCGGAUUUGCCUGUGAGGGCUGCUCUUUCUGUGUCUGUUUCGGCUGCAAUGUCUGCCUCUUCAGGGAUUGCAACUGCCGCUCUUGCAUUGAUUUUUAUUCCUUCAAUCACUGACGGAAUUUUCAAUUUACCGGUUGAGAAAAUUUGGGCCUUUACUUUUGGGGGACGAUCGAUUAUUCCUUCUGUGACUGCUGUGCUGUCUUUUCUUUUCGCCCCUCAUGCUUUUUUCGGUGGCAUUUUCUUUUCUUUACCGGCUGUCAUGAUUUUUAUUGUAGGUAUUUCCUUUUACAGAAAGAUUUUAAUUUCUCGAAGUUUUUUAAUGGUUUAAUCAUAUGAUGAAA